GCUUUCCUUUGCUCUCUUUUCCCCUGAAGUCAACCGUGAUACCCCCGUCAUCCUUCUUUUUUCUCUGUUUGUAGUUUCCUUCCUUCACACAAUACCCCCAAAAUGCAGCGCGCGUUGACCAGAGCUUCCGUCGGCAAGGCGGCCACUCGUCUUCCUGCCCAGCAGCUCCGCUUUGCUCACAAGGAGCUCAAGUUCGGUGUUGAGGGCCGUGCCGCUCUCCUCGCCGGUGUCGAGACCCUCGCCAAGGCCGUUGCCACCACUCUCGGUCCCAAGGGCCGCAAUGUCCUCAUCGAGUCCAGCUUCGGCUCCCCCAAGAUCACCAAGGAUGGUGUCACCGUCGCCAAGUCCAUCAGCCUGAAGGACAAGUUCGAGAACCUCGGUGCCCGCCUCAUCCAGGAGGUCGCCGGCAAGACCAACGAGGUCGCCGGUGACGGUACCACCUCUGCCACCGUCCUCGCCCGCGCCAUCUUCUCCGAGACCGUCAAGAACGUCGCUGCCGGCUGCAACCCCAUGGAUCUCCGCCGCGGUAUCCAGGCUGCCGUCGAGGCCGUCGUCGAGUACCUCCAGGCCAACAAGCGCGAUGUCACCACCUCCGAGGAGGUUGCCCAGGUCGCCACCAUCUCCGCCAACGGCGACAAGCACAUUGGUGAGCUGAUUGCCUCGGCCAUGGAGAAGGUCGGCAAGGAGGGUGUCAUCACUUGCAAGGAGGGCAAGACUCUCUACGACGAGCUCGAGGUUACCGAGGGUAUGCGCUUCGACCGCGGCUACGUCUCCCCCUACUUCAUCACCGACCCCAAGUCCCAAAAGGUCGAGUUCGAGAAGCCCCUGAUCCUCCUCUCCGAGAAGAAGAUCUCCCAGGCCUCCGACAUCAUCCCCGCCCUCGAGAUCUCCAGCCAGACCCGCCGCCCCCUCGUCAUCAUUGCCGAGGACAUUGACGGUGAGGCUCUUGCUGUCUGCAUUCUCAACACGCUUCGCGGCCAGCUCCAGGUCGCCGCCGUCAAGGCCCCCGGCUUCGGUGACAACCGCAAGUCCAUCCUUGGCGAUAUUGCCGUCCUGACCAACGGUACCGUCUUCACCGACGAGCUCGACGUCAAGCUCGAGAAGGCCACCCCCGACAUGCUCGGCUCCACCGGCUCCAUCACCAUCACCAAGGACGACACCAUCAUCCUCAACGGUGAGGGCUCCAAGGAUGCCAUUGCCCAGCGCUGCGAGCAGAUUCGCGGCGUCAUGGCCGAUCCCUCCACCUCCGAGUACGAGAAGGAGAAGCUCCAGGAGCGUCUCGCCAAGCUCUCUGGCGGUGUUGCCGUCAUCAAGGUCGGCGGUGCCUCCGAGGUUGAGGUCGGUGAGAAGAAGGACCGCUUCGUCGAUGCUCUCAACGCCACCCGCGCUGCCGUUGAGGAGGGUAUCCUUCCCGGUGGUGGCACUGCCCUCAUCAAGGCUUCCGUCCACGCUCUCAAGAACGUCAAGCCCGCCAACUUCGACCAGCAGCUCGGUGUUACCAUUGUCCGCAACGCCAUCACCCGCCCCGCCAAGACCAUCAUUGAGAACGCUGGUCUCGAGGGCUCUGUCGUUGUCGGCAAGCUCACUGACGAGUUCGCCAACGACUUCAACAAGGGCUUCGACUCGGCCAAGGCUGAGUACGUCGACAUGAUCCAGGCCGGUAUCCUCGACCCCCUCAAGGUCGUCCGCACUGGUCUCGUUGACGCCUCCGGUGUCGCCUCCCUCCUCGGUACCACUGAGGUUGCCAUUGUCGAGGCUCCCGAGGAGAAGGGCCCCGCUCCCAUGGGUGGCAUGGGCGGCAUGGGCGGCAUGGGUGGCAUGAUGUAA